AUCAUGCUGUUGCCGCUGCUCCUGGCGACGCUGGCCGCGGGUCCCGUGCUGAGCGAGGCGGCUCCCGCCCCAGCACCUCAGGCCGCAGCCCGCAGCCCCACCGAGAUCACCGCGGACCCUGAGCAGAUGGAGCUGCUGAGCGCCUACCUGACGCGCCUGCUGGUGGACGGCUGGCCCGAGGGCGAGCCGCCGCUGCUGUACGUCGAGGGGGCCGACGACGACGACGUCGACGCCGCGGAGCGCGACAACGUCAUCGGCAAUGGAGCGCAGCCCAUCUGGAAGCGGUCGCGCUACUACCGGCGCUACCCGUGGAAGCGGCAGAACGGCCGCUACCAGGCCGCCGACGACCGCUACCUGUGCCAGCCGACACGCGAGGACGUCUUCCAGCUGCUGGUGGCGCUGCACGAGGCGCGCCGCGGAGACUCCAGCCGCACCGUCAGCUUCUGCAACCGCCGCCGGCCCGCCAGCGCCAUCUUCACCAACAUACGCUUCCUCGGCCGCUAGGCGCCAGGCGUCACCGCUCCCUCCCUCCUUGUCACAGCCACUGCCACUGCCUACACCUCAGCGCUUCGCUUCUCGUCCACUUCACUACAAGCCUGUAUUCUCCAUUCCACCUUUUCUUUCAUGCUACAAGAGGCCGAUGACGACGAAGGAACGACAAACGGGAAUAGUAACGUACGAAAACAAGAGCAACACCGAGGUGUCUUCUUCUCGCAAAAAGAUAUAAUUCCAGAAAUGGAAAAAAGUCUGACUUAGGGGGAACCAAAGGGUAUAACCCUAUUUUGAAUACCAGGAUGACUCUCCAUUUGUGGCUACAUACACAGACAUAAAUUACCUUCUGGCAACAGUGUUUAACUUGUAGAAACUAGACGUAUAUCCUUCUGACCAAUUACGUGUAUAUCUCCAAGUAAGUGAGUCCCCCUUCCCAAAACAAUAAUGCCAGUGUUUCAAAAUUACGAAGAGUUCUCGCAUUGAAUGUGAGAAAUGACGGACUAGUCACUCCAUUUUCCUGUCGUUGAUAGUGAACUGUGUGAUCUGGCUUCUCGCAUGCCACUCUCUGGUUUUUCUGGUCUGCGACAUAGAGUGGGCACAUUUCCGAGAGAUUCGUGACCUGGUCAACGGCUCCCAUUUAGAAAGUCUUUCGUCGUCUUCGAGGUCUGGUUCAUACUGGGAGUCCUGUUGGUUCUGCACUCCUAUACCACCAACCGAUAUUUCUUCCUGGAUGUGUUUUAAGCUGGCGCAAUAUUCUGGCACGUCAACUUUAUUUGUUUUCAAAGCAAAAUCAUAUUUCUUUCUGUCAGUCUUUUUCUCUCUGCGCCAGUCACUUUUAUUUUCCGGUGAUGAAUGUUAAUAAACUGUUGACUGGUCCUAGAAACACGAACUUGUGAACGUAUGCCUGUAAACUAACUCGUUUGUGGGUAUGAAACCAAGAAUUGUUUCAAAUUCGUGUCAAAGACAGGGAAUGAAGGAACACAGGCUACGAGUAGCGAAAAGAAUAACAAAUCCUCUUUUCCUGUCGUCACAAUGUCUAUAAAGCUAUUUUAAUUUAGUAUAAAAUCAAUUCAGCUAUUAUUUCAUUCGAUCAUCUACAUGCCAGCAAACUGUUGUACUAGAUAUACCGAAACCUUUAGUUGAAGUAAAAUUUCAUCCAUAAGUAAAUGGGGGACAACGCAAAUGGCAAGCUGUGCCUCCAUCUGUGUAUAGUGUUCCAAAAGGUACUAUGUUGUUCCUCAUCUUACAUCAAGUUCCAUCUGCAGUGCUUCGUUCAACACAGAGCAAUCUGUUAUGUUCCUGAUCACAUACACAGCAUUUUUUAUUUAUUUUAUUUUAUUUUUAUUUUUUUUUUUUUUGCUUAUAUGCCAUAAACUUUGUUUUUCUCCUUGAGUGUGGCAUUCACAGAGGUUCUCCACAUACCUAGCGACGAACUAAAGUAAAUAGCUAUGAAAACAAAGCGGUAGCAUACUCAGAACGUAUUAUGUCCUAAUCCUCCUUCCCAGCUUUAUUGUUAUCGUCUGCAUAUUACACAGGUUUAGACUGAAGCGAGGCGUAGGUGGUGGCAAUGUCUUAAAAUAAGCAAAUGUUAUGAGUGUAGCACAUCGUAAUAAAUCUUACAAAUGCAUAUCAAAGUAAUUCACAUGUUUCUUCUUGAUGUUGGUCAUUACGUACCGAAUGUCUGUUUCUUGCAACACAUACACGUUGCAUGCCUCAUUCCCUUUCAAAUUAUGACCCGAAUCCAUUUCCACAGGAGGUAAAUAUUUAAAUAAAUGAAUAUCCAAAUGGGAAUCAGUCUUAAAAACACAUUUCUGUCUAUUUAAAGUAUCUGUAACAGUUUCGAAAUUCUUAUCGUAAUUAAACAUAACUUAUUUAUGUCAUCGCUAAUGAUAUUAAAUAGGUACUUACACUGUUAACUUCUCAAUCGUCUUGAACUUGCGAUGGAAAAAUCGACCGCUUGUCUGACGUGUGUGUGAUAAAUGAAAGGUAUUCGAAUUCUAUGUGCUGUUGUCAGGAAUGCGUGUUUGCAUUAAAUGAUAUAUAUGCAUACUUAAUGUUUACCACGUUUUAAUAAAGGUAUAUUAUAAACAUUU